AUGACGUGGACUGUGGGGGUAUCUCAAUUUCAGAGGUGGGCAAGGAAAUGCGUGCCGUCAUCAGGGACUGACACAUUUGUGCUGUUCAGCUCCAUCUGGCAGGCUGACGAUGCUGCCAACAUUCACUCCCAGCCUUACACCAGCAUACAGCGCUUCACAGAUUUGCUCCUCAGGCACACAAUUGCAAAGGGCUGCUUUGAUGCUGCUUCAAAGAGGCACUGCCUGCAGUACUUAAGAGCUCUGAGGACAUUUCAGCUUAACGGUUUCAACACUGUAUUUCAAGUAGAAACAGAUAUUCCAGAAAGUAUUAUAACAGGAGAAAAAAUGGCUGAGGAGGCCAGCCUGUGCUGGCUGGUACGGAUACUUGUUCACACAAGGAGUUACAAACUACUAUUAAGAGGUGAUCUGCCCAUCCAUUAGCAGAAUGGUAUCUUUCAGGAGUUGUGUGAAUCUCUGACCAUGUCCUGUAGGAAGUGAGUAAUGAUGAUGAGGGACAAAAAUCAGCUGAUGCAUGUGGGGGCAAAAGAUGGCAAGGAGAUGGAGACAGGAACUCCGCCACCAGUUCCACCAGCAAUCUACACGUCCAGCACUGAGUGUUCCCCUGAAGGUGCUAGAGCCAAUGGUCAUGAGCUUCUUGUUGUGCCUUCAUCUUAUCUUUAUCCUAUGGACAUCACCUGGUCUGCUUUGAAAUGGUUUAUUAUAAACAACAGGAAGGACUUUGCCCUGAGGUCUACUGAGAGGACCCACUCCUAUAGGUGUAUCCUCUUCAGUGACUCGAUUGUUAAAGGAAUAGAGAAGAUGACCCCAAACAAAUGGAAGGUAGCAAUUAACAGAGUGAAGAGAUGGGAGAGCUACUACCUUGACACACUUUCUUAAAUGGUUAUUCCUGCAGUCAGGCUUCAAAUGUGUUUUGAUUGGUGUUGAGUGAGUUACCCCAUCCCAGCCCUUUCGAGCCCCUUCCUUCAAAGUGUGUAAACCAAAAAACUCAUCUUAAUAGCAUUAAUAAAAGAUAUACUUUAAAUCCAAAUGUUUCACUUUAGGUAUAUUCCAUGACUAGAUUUAUAUGAGCUACGCUUGCACCGGGAAGGGACAGUUAAUUUGCCUUACCACAAAAAUGGGCCAAAGUGUGCCUAGGAUCCAGUUUAUCCAGCCUUCUGCACAAAUUCCUCCAUUAUGGGAGCCACAACACUAUGCCUCAGAUGUAAAUGCCCUCAAUUUCAAGAGAGACUGGGCUGUGAAAUGAAUUCUGAAAGUCAAGCCUGUCUUUGAACCCAAUGGGAUAUCUGUUCCUGAGCAGGGAGCAUGCUGGCCCAGGACUGACAGAGUCCAUGGCUUAAAGAAGUCUGAAGAACUUAAUGGGAUUUUCCCAUCAUAUAUGCACUAACAUCUGAUACCAGCUCAGUAGUUCAUUACACUGAGUACCUUGCUUCCAACAGUGGUCUGCAGUAAACAUUUAAUUGACAGGUAAAAGAAAUUUUUCUAACAGGGAAGUUCCUUUCUGAAGCCUAACAUUUAGUAGUUGGUUCAGGCUUUAAAGCAUGAACAGUUCAGUCUCUCAGGAUAAAACACAGCACUCGUAAUUGGAGAUUUUCUUUAUCCGUGACACUGAUUACUGAGAUGUAAUGAUUUCUCAUGAAAUUGAGCUCAAAAGAUUAUUUAUGAGUGAUGCUGAGUAGUAUUUCUUAGCAGUUUUUUCAAGUUCACUGAACAUUUUCUCGUGUUUUAGAAAGUGGCUCCCAAUUUACAUUCUAUGUGUUGCUCAUUCCUGGGCAUGUGUUUAUUGUGUACUUUCUAGAGAACUAAGACCAUAAAAACAUAAAUAAGUUAUGAGACGAUUCACAGGUUCACUAAAACAUUUCAAUACACUGAGGCAAAUCUGUGCAGUUUUUCUCCUGUGUGCGGAAACCAUCUAAAUGAGCAUUGUAAUUUGGUGUGGCAGAGAUAUACCUAAAAAAGGGAGUCUCAUCUACCUUCAGAAGAAUCCAUGCAUGUAAUUCUCUAGAGCCAAGAUAUGAAUAUACAGAGAAAAAUAACCAUCUUUUCUCAGCUUCAUAUUCAUCAGCAAAAAUCUGCUUAUUUUUUACAGGUAUGGAUGCUGCAGAGAAUGAAAAAUUGGGUGCUUCAAAUGCAAGGAGGAAAGAAUGGGGAAAAAGGGGGAGAGAAUGGAAAGGGGCAGGAAAGUUUUUAUUGUCCUGGUACCAGGGCCCUGGACAUAAUUUCACAUUAGCUUGAAGCAGCAAUUGCUCCACUAUCAAUGAAUAUGAAGUGGUGUGAAAUCAGCAUGAGGAAAGAAAUAGGUCUGGUGCCUCUUUACCACAAGGACAGGCAGUAAUUGCACAGUAGCUUGGUUUUCUUAAGAAACAAAUGAUGCACACCCCAUUUUCCCAAUGACUGUUUACCUUCACCCGAUGACGCUGCACUGUCCUACACAGGGAGAAGUAACAGUGCGCUACAGUCAAAUCAGCACAAACCCAAUGACUUCACUGCUGUGUUCUGGAUUCAGGGGAAGAAGAACGAGACCAAACCUGAAUGGAGCAGAGUCCCGGGCUGCUGCCUCACCGCAGCUCAGCCUUACCGGUCUCUGCUGCCGUGGCUUGCGCAGCUGCAGGUUUAGGGCCACAUUGCAAUGCUUCUUCAUUGGUAGGGUGUGUCUUCUGCCACCCCGAAUUUGCAGUGGGGUCCAUGGGGACAGGCGCAGAAUCACCUGCUUUCCAGCCAUUUUAGCAACGAGGAAGUAUCAAAAGGAAGUAAUCUGUGUCACAGGAAUUCAUCAGUCUUCCCUGGCUUGUAUUCUUUGGUAAAACAAGGGUGAAGCCUCCAGGAAGGGUUUCACAGAAACAAGCAUGAGGAAAGAGAAGUGUUUGGUGCCACAUCUCCCAGAGAGUGAGGGAGAGACGUCCUUUUCCUGUAAAGGGCUGGGAAAGCCUCACUAAACACCUUCACUCUGGUGAAAACUUUUCUACCCAGUCCUAUUUAAUGUGUAUAGACGCAGGAAAAAGAACCAAGUCUGAAAUUGAAUGAACUUUGGUAUUUUAUAUAAAAUCCUCUGAGAUGAGUCCUCUUCUUUCUUCCUCCCUCCUCCUUUGCUGCUGCAUAAGGGUAAUUACAACCCAUGUUUUCUACAAAACGUUGUAACCCUUUGUACUGAAGAAAAAUAUUAUGGCUCAUGCAGUUCUGACUCAACUGGUAAUUUAGGAUGACAAGCAA